AAGGACCAGCAUAAGCAUCCCAGUUGAAGCCCCGGCUCCCCACCUGCAGGGGAGUCACUUCACAAGCGGUGAAGCAGGUCUGCAGGUGUCUAUCUUUCUCUCCCCCUCUCUGUCUUCCCCAUCUCUCUCCAUUUCUCUCUGUCCUAUCCAACAACAAUGACAUCAAUAAUAACUACAACAACAAUAAAAAACAAGGACAACAAAAGGAAAAAUGAACAAUUUUUUUUAAAUAAAAAAAAAAAAAGAAAUACUUUCAUGUUUGAGGCUCUGAAGUCCCAGGUUUAAUCUCUGGCAUCCCGAUAAACCACACCUAAACAGUGCUCUGCUAGAAAAACAAACAACAAAACCGAAACAAAAAAAAAAGUUAUGAGGGGCAGGGAUAGAUAGCAUAAUGGUUAUGCAAACACGCUGCCAUGCCUGAGGCUCCAAAGAAGUCCCAGGUUCAAUCCUCCCACACCACCAUAAACCAGAGCUGAGCAGUGCUCUGGUUAAAAAAAAAAAAAAAAAAGUUACGUUCAAAGGACUAUUUUCCCAGUAAACAUCCAAAUAGAAUUAAGUUGAAGUAGAAAUCUUCCAAAAGUACUUGAGUGUAUUAUGCAGCUUACAAAAACGUAUUAUUGGGUGUAUGUUUUAGGAAUUAAAGAAUAAAUCCCAACACAAUGCUUAAUAGAGAUAUGGACCCCACCGAUGACAACCUGGCAGCAGAGUCUCCCAGCUGUUUGCUUCCAGAACUGUAUGUUGCUGCAGACUACUUUCACAAGGAAAAGAAGAAGUCAAAUCUCUUGAAAACAAGGGGUAUCUCGCCCAGUGAAGCGAAGAAAACUCUUCAUCAGAACCUCAGUGCCAUGUUAUUUGGUGGACCUGAUUCGAAAGAAGACCAGCCAGCUCUGACGUGCACACUGGUUAGAAGAGAAAAGCCAGAAUCCAUGACAGAUCUCCUCCACCGCACCUUACUGACUGAUUCCCUGUCACUGAUGAACAAACUCAACAAGUCCAAGCAAAGACUCCUUCAGAGAGGGAUUCCUCCCCCCAAGCACAGUUUUCCUUAUGAUAUUUUCUUUGAACACACCAACACUCUAGCACUGGAAGCUCUACAUAAGAAGAUCAAGUUCACCAAAUCAGUGUUCAGGCAUAGUCAUACUUUAACCACCCAAGGAAAAGUUAUCUCAGAUGACAGAGUCCCAAAAUACUUACUGGUUGACCCAGAAAAACAGUUCAUGGACCUGAAGGACCUGGAAUGGAGAUAUUACAAGGGGCUUGUGAAGUGGAAGCAUAAAACUUCAUAUUCAUUCAUAGACAUAAAAUACAACAGUGAAAGAAGAUUUGUGGAGAAUCAGCUUACGCCCAAUAUUAUUUUACCUCCUCUAAUUGAUAAAUCUUUGGUCAUUUAUCCUCAUAUUGGUUAUCAAAAAAUGUAAUUUUUCCUUAAAUGGAAUGUAUGAUUUAUUAAAUUAUCUUGGGUGAUGAUUUUGGUUUUUGGAGAGAGCACUGGAUUUAUACAUGAAAAGCAAAGGAUCUGUGGCACCAUGAAACACAGGAGUUGAGUCUAUGUAAUAGUCAUGCAAAGUCCAAAACUGAACCAUUAUGUGAAGUAGAAGAUCCAAACCAAUCGACUAGGAUAAGACCUGUUUUGAACCUGUGGCGCCCAUCUGGACUAAAGUUGAGGUAAGAUCAUAUGAGAGAAAUAGGCGCAGAUGUCAGGGAAUUAUCAGAUAAGAAUAGCUCCUACUUUUUACAAGAGCACAUGAGGCCCAUUAGUAGAAAAAUAAAAGUGGUAAA